CAACUUGCUCAGUAAAAAACAAUAGAAAGCAUCAUCGUACGACCAAAAGAGUCCUUCUCCUGAGGUUAACAACAAUUCAGGUUAAAAAAUGACUGCUAUAGACAAAAUACAAGCACUUGAUCUUAUCGAAAGGGAGCUCAUCUUGUGCUUGCAGAGUGCCGGUGCUGCCUUUACGGAAUUAAGCAAGGAAAAAACAAGUCAAAAGGCCACCGAAACCAAUGUUAACCAGUACCUAAAAUCGCUAAAUAACGUAGAAACGAAACUUUCUGAACAAAUCAAUUAUCUAACUCAAGUGUCGACCGGUCAACCACACGAAGGGUCAGGAUACGCGUCAGCUAAGGUGCUGCAAAUGGCCUGGCAUCGUAUUCAACACGUGAAGUCACGCAUCAAGGACCUGGAGGAAUGCAAAAUGCGUUACAUUCAAGCUAAUCGCAUGCAGAGUAAUCGCGUUGGACAAAACGCUGCUUCAAACACCGCUGGUGUUAUGCUUCAAUAAUAAAUUCGCCCCUUGCUUGGUCU